AUGCACUUACUUAAUAUCCUCUUCUCUGUCAUCUACAUCGUAGAUUGGUACGAAGAGAUGAUGUUCAGUAAGCAUGGAAUGUAUUUAAUGAAGAAUCCUUCAAACGAUUCUUCCCUCUCAACGGACAUCUUAUGCACCUGCGUUCUUCAAUCCGAAGGGCAUAACUAUGUAACAGAAGAUACCGAGGGGUGUUCUGAACAUGCCAGAAAAUCUGUCCAUGUAAGACAUUCUCUUGAACUCACACGUGUUGUCAAUGAUAACAUCUGUGAUGGGAAGAGGUUUGACAUCUGGCUUAAUGUUGAGAUGAUGCAUUGCCACAUUAGGAUCGAGCCCUUGCUGAGAGUGAGUAGAAGUAUCUCAAGGAUCCAAGCAAGUGUGCUGAUGUUCCUGCAUCUAAGGAAUAGAAAAAAGAUGAGCUCACUGAUGAGUCUAAUGAUGCUUUAUGCAUUACCUAUGAGAGGCCAGGCUUCAGUACUAAAAAAACUAGCAAUAGCCAUCAAGGUGACAAAAGCCAAGAAGAAACUAACCUACGACAAGAAGCUAUGCAGCAUCUUGGAUGAGUACAGACAAGUUCUAAUCGUUGAUACAAUCAGAAAGAGAUUCCGUGGGGAUUCAGCGAUCCUCACGAGGAAGAACACCCCCUUCAAAAAUGUUGAGUUAAUCUUUACCAAGGGAGAUCUAAAAAAAGUUAGUGAGAAAGUCACUAAAUACAAUGUUGGAGCACCUGCUAGUAUUAGGCUCGUGGCUCUCACUGAUGUCGUCGUACAACCAAGUAACGCGGGAGAAACAAUCAAUAAAACUUCAUUCUACGAACGGCUUAACAUUCCAACCAAGAUUAAUGAUAAUAUUGUUAAAAUCAUUACCCCAGUUGAGCUGAUCAAGAAAGGAGAUAAAGUGAAUUCCUCUGAGGCUGCCCUCCUGACUAAACUUAGGAUAAGGCCCUUCUCAUACGGGCUUGCAAUUCUCUCUGUCUAUGACAAUAGAUCUAUCUUAAGCCCAGAGGUGCUCAACCUCACUGAGGAUGACCUCGUUAACAAGUUUGUAGUUGGUGUUUCUAUGGUUGCUUCGAUAUCUUUGGCUCUCUUUUACUCAACUCUUGCAACUACGCCUCACAUGUUCAUGAAUUCCUACAAGAAUUUUCUAGACAAUUGA